AUGAGGGCUUCCUUAUUGUGGACUGCCCUUGCGGCUGUCACUGUGACUGCUACGGCAGAAGCAGAAACAGCUUUCUCAGAGCCAGACAGUGCCCCUCCUUCUUCCACUUUCGUUGAGGGUAACUCUACUACUGUUACCAUCUCGGCGAACCCCUCUUCUGCCCUUUCCCCCUCUGCUGCACCUUCCACUCUUGCCAUUCCUACUGUCAUCCCUCCUCAAAUCCACCCUCAUCCUCCCGGUACUUGGACUGACGUUUCGGCUCCCACCGUUACUACUACUGGUUCCCUCAACCCCUCUGUUUCUGCAAUUCCUGGUCCUGUCCCCCCUCCUGUCUUCACUCACACCUCGGAUGAUUCCCCUCAUGUAACCCCUUCGUCUCUUGGGAGUGGAACCACUGUCAAUACUGGUCAGGAUGGCCAGAGCUCUCUUGUCCCUCCCGCUGCCAGCUCCAGCACAGUCAUUGUCGAAGACACUUUGACUCACUCUAGUGGUGAGAGCUCUCCUGGUGCUGUUUAUACCUCGGGUGUCUACACCAGCGAGACUCGCACUUUUCCAUCCACCACUGUUGACACGUCUGUGGCUUCAUCUGGAACUUCCGGUUCUUCUGGCUCCGAAGUAAGUGAAACCCCAACCUCUCCGAGUACCAGUGGGUUCAUUGCUGACACUCAUACUUCGUCUACCUCCGUUGGAACAACCGUAAUCUCUCCUGGAAUCUCCAGUUCCUCCGCGAUUGAUACCAGUGAGACUCGGACUUUUCCACCCAUCGUCGGUGAGACGACCAUGGCUUCAUCUGGAAGUUCUAGCUCUUCCGCUAUCGAGACUCACACGUUUCCGUCUACCUCGGUUGAUACGACCGUGCUCUCGCCUGGAAUCUCCAGUUCCCCCGCGAUCGACACCAGCGAGACUCGAACCUUCCCGUCUAUCACUCACAGCACUAGUGUCAUUCCGAGCGGGACAUCCACCCCUACGUUCACUGAGACUCCGACUGCUUCAAGCAAUCUCGCUGGCUCCUCCACUGUCUUGGCGAGCGAGACUAGGACUUUUCCGAGUACGUCACCUGUCAGUUCUGUGUCCCCCUCCGGCACCGCUAGCACCGGGGUCAGUGUUGGUACCGGUAGCUCUACUGUUAUCAGCGUCAGCGAGACUCGUACCUUUCCGUCUUCCUCUGGCACCACGGUUGCUCAGUCGUCUGGCACUUCAUCCACUGGGACCGCUUCCUCCGGCAUCACUACCUCGCAUGUUCCCUCCUCUGUCGUCACUUCGACUGUUUUGUCCUCUUCUUCGCUUUCUUCGAACGAGGUUUCAUCUGGCACUCUGUCUGGACCUUCGACUGAGCCGGUGUCUGGAUCAUUGACCAGCGCCACACAGAGCAGUGAGACUACCUCAGAUAGCGAGACGAGUUCUAGCAUCCCGGCUUCUUCCAAUGGCUCCUCUUCUGGUGUCGGCUCUAGCACCGGUUCUGAUGCCUCGAUAACCAGCGGAGGCACCACGAGCACAACAGCGAGUGAUAGCAUCAGUGUUACGCCUACUGCCAGCACCACGGACGUUACCGGCGCUACCGAUACAUUGAGCACGAUCGGAGGCAGCAGCACGACGGAGCCAGUUAGUGAAACCGACACGACCGGCGGUCCCAUCACUGGGUGGCUCAUCACCAAGCCGGAAGUCACCAACAGCCUCCAUGGAAUCUCCGACACUUUUGUCCACAACCUUCCUACCUUUAGCUCUUGGGAGAUCGACCCAAAGCCGCCCCUCCAAACGCAGAUCAUUGACGAUAUCAAAGGGUCCAAAAGGCAGAUCGAGAACCUGAUUGACAAGCUGGGCGGAAGCGUCAAAGGCCGCGGCUGCAAGAGCAAGAAGAGGAGCCUGUUUGAUAGCGUUUUCAACGCUGUCAAGAACGGCAUGGACACUGUGACCGAUGUCAUCGACAACCUUUUGUGCAUGGCCGACAAGUUCGAGGACCUCAUCGAGGCUGUCGGGAAGAACAAAAUCAAUCUCGCCAAAGAUACCAUCAACAUAUUGAUCGACCCCAAGCCGAAGGACCAGGGAUCUGACGACAAUAACGAUGAUAACGACGACGACGAUGAUGAUGAUGAUGACACUGAGUCGUCGAGCUCAACUUCGACGACUUCCACAACCUCGACCUGCAGCGAAACAACCGCCGAACAAGUCACGAUUCUCUGCGAGCCGACGUUGAUCACAUCAGCCGACUCCACCAUCUCGACCACCACCUGUUCUCCCACAAUAACCGUCACGACUACUGGUUGCUCCGUCACGGACACGACGACCACCAUCACUGAAACCCCAACCCCCGAGUCAAGGCCCUUGUGUUCUGUCAAAAAAUGUGGGGACGCGUGCCCUCACGGACAUGAGGGGUGGGGACCCGGCGUCUCUCUCGCGUGUUCGCAGAUCCCAACUUUGACGGUAUCUGAACUUCCCGCUGUAACAUAUCAUUCUCUGGCGACCGGCGAUGAUGACGGCCUUCGUGAGGAGAGCGUCAAUGAAGAGAGCCUCAUCAAGCGCGCUCCCCCCUCUCUCAUCCCGCCAAUCAUCCAGGACGAUCCUCCCAACGCCGAAGCGCACCUGACUCCCCUCAUCCAGUCACUCGAUCGCACUGCAAACUGGUGGGUACCGUACCGUGACGUGAUGACGCUAUGGGCUCCUUUGCCUCCGAAUGCCCAACAAUACACAGUCUGGGGUAUCAAGCCAUUGUCCGGUUGUACUACCAUCCUCGUCAUCUCCAAAACAGGUCUGUACGCAGCACACCUCUCCGAAGACCCGGUAUUCAAGCAGACGUACCGUACUAUCGAGACGCGGACGUGGGGGCUCUUGUCACAUGGCGGCGCUCCUGGGGUCAUACCGUUUACCGAUUUGGCUUCACGUGCUGGCCAGUCAAGGCCUCUGGACGAGGAGAACAAGCCGAUCGUUAUCGUGAUUACGCCUUUCAAGGAGAGACUGACAAGGUGGGGGCCUCGAACUCUCAAGUACGGGGCGGCGAAGCUGCUUGGGCGAAAAUAUGCCAAGUCCAUAUACGGCGAUGGCGCCGACAGGGACCGAGACCGUACAGAUCCCCUUGUGGUACCGUACCAGGUUUCGGAGGAGGGCCAAGAGAUCGGGGACAUAACACCCAGAAGCAAAGUGAUUGUGGAGCUGAACCCAGUCAACAAGGUCUACCAUCUCCGCAAUCGUCAGUUACGCCGCGAGGAAUACCAUGCAGUCGGCCGAUGGCGCGUCUGGGUUGACGGAAAGGCAGUCAUGGACCAGGAUUGGAUGUACGGCCCCUUCCUGACUCCCCCUACUCGACCGGCUGGCCCAGUUCGCCGAGACGAUGUCUGCCUACUGCCCGCUUUGGCUUCGACUUCUUCUGCGGUAUCGACAAGCCCAUCCACCUUGGUCACCACCACGCGGCCUCAUACUCCGAGCUCGAGCGAAUCCCCGGCCUCCACAACGUCAACAGACACUUCCUCUUCGUCUUCUUCAACAACAUCGUCUGUUUCUUCCGCUUCCACCUCGUCCGUGACUGAGGCCCACAACCCACCAGGGCAGCCCCCAGGGUUCACUCUCCCCACUGCCCAUCCAACGACCACACGGGGCCACAAUCCGCCCGGCCAACCUCCCGGGUUCACCCUCCCGACAGCUCAACCUGCCAGUUCUGUUCCUGUCUCCGAACAGGUUUGCGAUUACUUGGACACAACCACCUCGGACAAUCACCCCAUCAUGAACCACGCCGCGGUCAUGCAGCUCGGCAAAAAAUGCAACUGGGACACCAACACCCCACGCGACAAGCCAAUGGGGCGCGGUGAUGGUGAGUUGAUUUGGCGAGUCACCAACCCAGCCCGUGACACAGACUACUAUGCCUCUAUCAAGUGGAAGAACGGGUGCGAGGGUCCGGCAAUGAACGUGCGCAACCCGACACCCGAGCUGACCUGCGAGCGCAUAAUCAUCAACAAUCUCGAAAAGUGCCAGAACAAACAUGGAUAUAGAGGAUAUAUCGAGGUUGGAUGUCUUCUCUAUAUCUCGGAAAUGACCUCUUCGCUUCCUGCCACUCAUUAUGGUUCGGCUGGGGGCACGACGGGCGACACUGGUGAGGAUGUAAGUUAGGAGACUGAUCGUCACCCUAUUCCAGCCGGUGGAUGGCCGCCUAAUAAGGGCAACUAAUUCGUCUCAUCCCGGUCAUCAUGUACCUGACACGGCAUCUCCUGUCCAUCACUUUUCUUUUGUCUAUGGCUUCUCUCGCGAUUCAAGAUCGCUCUCAUGUAUGAAUAGCGUCCUUAUUGUCUUCCAUCUUCGGCGAUUUCAGAUCCUCGUUCUCGUUCUGUUUCUUCGGGUCCCGC